GCAGGUCCAGUAGGCGGUGCCAGGCGGUCGCGUACCGGCGGGGUUUGUCCCCUCGCGGCCGCCGUCCCCGCGCACGCCGCUGCGGGGUCCGUCCUGGGGCCGGGGCCGGGGCUGAGCCAUGUUCACCAGCACCGGCUCCAGCGGGCUCUAUAAAGCACCUUUGUCAAAGAGUCUGUUACUGGUCCCAAGUGCCAUCUCGAUUCUGUUGACUCUGCUCUUCCAACAUUAUCAGAAGUUCUUUGCAUACAACCUGCAAGCUAUAAAAGAGGAAUUUCAGAUUUGGAGACUUGUAUGUGGGAGAACAAUAUGUCUUGAUUUGAAAGACACCUUCUGCAGCAGCCUGCUCAUUUACAACUUUAGAAUAUUUGAAAGAAGAUAUGGCAGCAGGAAAUUUUCAUCCUUUUUACUGGGUGCUUGGAUGCUCUCAGCUUUGUUUGAUCUUCUCCUUGUAGAAAUCGCUCAGUAUAUAUUUGGCAUCACCAUCAACAGCUUGCCUUCUGGUUUCUUGGGUCCUGUGUUUGCUCUGUUUGUACCAUUUUAUUCCUCCAUUCCAAGAGUGCAGGUGGCACAAGUAUUAGGCCACUUUUCUAUCACAAACAAGACAUUGGUCUAUAUACUGGGUUUGCAGCUCUUAACCUCUGGUUCCUACAUCUGGAUUUUAGCCUUAAGUGGAUUGGUUUCUGGGAUUUGCUACAAUAGCAGUAUAUUAAAAGUUCAUCGAAUUCUUUGUGUACCCAGCUGGGUAGCCAGGAUAUUUUCUUGGACUCUUGAACCAGUCUUCUCAUCAUCAGAACCAACAAACGAAGUUCGAGUGGGAAUGGGAGCAACAGUUGACAUCCAGAGGCAGCAGAGAAUGGAGUUACUGGAUCGUCAAAUCAUGAUGUCUCAGGUUGCCCAAAUGAGGCAGCAAAGGCAGCAGCAACAGGAUGGAAUGAUUAACUGGAAUAGACUGUUUCCUCCUUUACGUCAUAGACAUAAUGCGAAUUAUCAAGAUCGUCGCCCGUCUGAACAAGACACACCUCCACCUACCGAGGUUUCUGAAGAGCAGGUUGCACGACUUAUGGAAAUGGGAUUUUCCAGGGGAGAUGCUCUAGAAGCUCUGAGGGCUUCAAAUAAUGACUUAAAUGUAGCCACUAAUUUUCUACUGCAGCACUGAUGGGUUUUUGUGUUGAAGGAACUUUGCUGGAUGAGUUUGUACAUGUUUGAAAGAGUAUUAAAGCCACCUGCUGGACAGACUCACAAAGGUCGUCCCCGCAAGAGCGUCGGAAAAGAGAAACUGGCUCCGUGUGAGUGGUGAUUCUAAGUGAUGUUAAUGAAUGACAUGAACUGUUCCCAAGCCUUCAGAUCGCUUGGUGGUUUCUAGUCUGCUUUUUCUUUUCAAAGUAACUUUAGUUUCUUCUUCUUACUGGGUAUCACCUAAAUUUAUUUUUUAAAUAAAGUAGGUGGGGUUUUUUUCUUGUAAAUCCUUGUUAGACACGUUAUCAGGUUUAAUGACUAGAAAAAGAAGCUCCAACAACCACAACAACUAGAUUUACCUGUCAAGAAAAAUGACAUUUUCUUCAUUUACUAGCCUAAUUUCUCUAGUUUAACAUGUUAUUUUACAGUACUUGAUUUUUUAUUACAUAAUAAGAUGUUUGAAGAUCUCUUCAUUUUCAGCUCAAGUGGAGGGAUAUGGGACUAUUAUGUCAUUCUUCAGAAAGUUUUAUUAAUGCCUGUAAUAUUUUAUUUCCUGAAUUUCUUUUUAAUUAAAAGUUGUUGUUCAGCACAUAAUACACAGUUAGGAUGCAAGAAAAUUCACGUGCAUAUUGCAAGCCAGAGUAAGUGACCACUGUAAACUUAAAUCUUUACAAAUCGAGUGAAUCGCUAUUAAGAUACAGGUCGAGAAGAUAUUCACGGGAAGCAAUAAAGGUGUAUCGAAUGAUACAGUAAGAUCAGAGCUGAAAUGAUUUGAAUGACUUCCAUGUCUAAUUCAGACAGCCUUCUGUAAUGAUGGACGUAUGCUCGGUGUCCUAUGGGCUCGUUUCAUUUUUUGAGCUGGCUGCAUACUGUCUUAAAAGAAUAUUAUAAAAAGCUAAUUUUCUAUAUAUAGUUCUAGUUUUCUACUGUCAAAGAUGUGGAUGACCCUGCACUUGCUGAAUCCUCACUGUCUGAACCAACUUACUGGAAUAUUAAUUUUAAGGGUUAUUCAGGCUAACACAGGAGGUUACAGGAUGCGAAUGCCAACAUCGUACAAUAUCAGGUUUGAAGUUUUGAUUGAUAAAAUAAACCUACUUGGCUUGAUUCUCAGAAGUGCUCAGUAUUAGCACCUUAGGAUUGUCAGGAGGUGGGGUGGAGAGAGGUGAACAGUUCUAUAAAACCAAGCUGAAGUAAUGUGAUAUUCCAAACUGUGACUCCGUAAAACUGAUCUACACAUGUAUCUCAAGCAUUUAAUGUGUAUUUCUGUAUCUACUUCUGUUUGUAAAGUCUGCGUAUGUGUGUGUCUAUUUAUAUACACACAGCCAUAUUUAAUACAUACAUACAUUUAGAAUAAGAUAUAGAUCAUCAGGAGGAUAACAAAGGCAAUAGCAGGUUCAAAGGGGAGGACGUGAGAGAGUACAGGAGAGAGAAGGAUGUUUUGGAGAUUCAAAUGAACACCUCCGUACCAAAGUUGAGACCUGCACAGCCUCACUUGGCUUGGAAAAUAUGCUGGGAAAUUACAGGACAAGAUUUGGGGAGAGAGAGAUACCUUUGUCUUUUUUAAUUGACUGAUAAAACUGGAAGAAGUCCUUUAAGUGUACAAAUCCUUAUCCAGAAAUGACAUCAAAUUUGUGCAGCUUUUGGCACAUGACAUAAUUUUCAAUCAACUCCUGUAUGGACUUUUAGAAUACUUUUAGUAUUUUCCAGUGGGUGAAAUAAGGAUUUUUUUGAAUGACCAUGUGUUUUCCUGGGUUUUGAUCAACCUCCUUCAGGGUUUGGCUUUCUGCUAUGGUCACGUUACUCAGGCAGGGUCUGCUUUCUCAUUGAAAGGUUUUGUUUGCGUUAAGAUGAGUGGCUCUAUGUGUGUGUAGGGAUGUUUCUGUACCCAGAGAACUCUGGAAACCUACUGUCUUACAAAGGAAAGGGCAGACGUAAGAAAAAAAACAUACUAUAAUCUGUAUAUGUAAACUAAAUUAUUUGAACCAAGUUCAGGUUUUAAUUUUGAAACAUACUGAUUCUUCCCUCGCUGGUAUUUUAUUACAAGUAGCAAUAAAGAUUAGUGAAUUACUUCAGAAGUCAAAUUUUGUCUGUAGCAAAUAAAGGUCCACCUAACCCAAGGCAAGUUAAAUAAGAUCUGUGCCCUUCCAGACAUCCCUGUUCUGUAGGGACAAGAGCAAAGAGCAUUUAUUGCCUGGGAUUUUAAAACAUGUUGAGUGGCAUCACAGUCAUCUAAGUGGAUAUUCUCGAGUCUAAAUUCUUUCUUACUAUUAGCAUGUAUUACUAUACAGAGGGUAUCCAAAUGUCACAGUAGUUUGGAAAACUACAUUUUGCUGGGCAUGUCGCAAAAUGUGGUCAAACAUAAGGGGUAAAAUUCAGGUCGUGAUGAUGUCAGUUGAAAAACCCUUGACAUCUGUGAGAACAGUUUGUGCUCAAAAUACUUCCAUGGUUGUGAUUUCCAAUUAAAAAAAAAACAAAAACCAAACAAGCAAAAAACAAAGAAGUGGUAAAAGGAGGGGACUGGGAUGCCGUUGAACGCGGUUCCUGUUUUGUGUAAGAGGAAAGAUUCACACGUUAGAGCUGGAAAAUGUUGGUUUCUGCUUGAUGGACCAUUUCUGGGAACACAAGCAGUGUGUUCUUCACAGCCUAUGCAGUGUUUGUCCAGUACGGUUUUGAAUAUUUCAUCGCACUCUUUCUGUUUUGUGCAUACCUGGUGAUGUAUUUUAGGCAGUAAGAGAAUGCCUAAUAUAUCUCUACUUCCCUAGGAAAUUCACACUGGUUUGAGUAAAGACAAGAUUUGGUAUUUUGAAAUAAAAGUAGUUGCUGCUGUUAAAUUUUGUCUACUAGGCUGGGAAUGUUGCCUUUUGAGAUGACUUCAGAGUGAUUUAUUUGGGACUUUCCUAGACGGUUGUGUGGUAUUUUGAAAUAUGCCCAAGGUGAGGUUUGUAUUUGUGGAAAUCUGCCCGAUAAGCCGCCAGGUUCUCAAGCCUUAACUUACUGCUAAGAUGAAGAAUGAUUUGGUUCUGUACCUACCAAAUACAUUUUCCUCUCCCAAAACAAGUGUUAAAGGUUGCCUGCUACUUAGCGUGAGCAAAUGGACUGUCGCAGCUGGUUCACGUACCAACCUGUGCUGUCUCGCGCUUGUUUGGUGCCUUUGUGAAGAUGUGAUGGAGAAAAGAUCUCCUUACUUUUGUCUGAAACAGAAGAACCAGCAAGCAAAGCGUAUCGCAAGGUACUGGGCAAAUGGCAACAUUUUUGUCUCUCCUGUUUGUGUGUCUGUAUACAUAUACACACACAGGUAUGUGUGUACGAGUAUGUAUAUAUACAGAGAGUGAGUGAGAAUAUUUAUGUAUUGAUUUGAUGCGUUUAACUGGAGCUAAGAGUUUGCUGAAGAAAAUUAAAGGUCUAUAUUCAAAGACUCUCACUUCUCAAACCUGUGUGUGUUUGCAGUAUGUGUGUGAUUUUCAAGGCAUCCAAAUUUGAAAACACUUGGAACUACAACUCAUGAUGUAGGGGAACCGAUCAGUUUGAAGAUAAAGUCACAAUAUUAAUAGAAUCAUAGAAUGCUUUGAGUUGGAAAGGACCUUUACAGGUCAUCUGGUCCAGCCCCCUUGCAGGAGUAGGGAGAUCUUUAACUCGAUCUGUUUGCUUA